GCUCUGGAGCGCCCCUUACCCAGACGUUCUCAUCUCACACUCUCUUUCUCACUCGCUCUCUCUCUCUCUCUCCCAAACACACACACGCACACACACACACACACACCACGGAGAUCCCCGAAAACGCGUGUAGUGCCAGUGCCUUUUCUUCCUCACCGCUCUCUCUCUCACUCUCUCUCUCUCUCACGCUCUUUCAGGGCCUGCAAUACCGCGCUCUGCUCUCACACAUUCACUCACUCACUCUCUUCCUCUCACACGCGUCCAGCCACGCCGCUUUUGAAUGGCACACAUGGAGAAAGACAACAACAAUAUUAGUGGGUCUGCAGACCUGUUUUUGAAGGUGUAGUGUCGACCGGUCUUUUUUUUUCUGUGUUUUAUUUUCGCCGUUGGAUAGAGGAAGAGGGAGAAAGAGAGAGAGGAGAGGACAUCGCUUUUGUGUCAAGACAGUAUAGUUGUGUGGCACUUGCAUUGCUUAAUGUGUCAUCUCUCCCGAUCCCCCCCGACCCCACCAAAAGUCGCCUGCAUAGAUCUGGGGCCAACAAUUGACAGUGCCAUCUGCCUGACUCAAACAAGCAGGGGAAUGAUCCUCGUGUGAUUGCUCGUGUCGUCGAAUCUGCGGGAGCUGCAUCUUGUAUUUUUUUUUUUAUCCUGCAUUUUGAAUGGGGAAAAUGAAGCGGUGUUUGAAAAUGUCAUUGAACAUCUGUCAGUCAUGAAAGGGACAAGGAUUGCGUCAUCGAGAACGAAGACGUUUGUUGAGCUACGUGAAAAGUAAGGUAUCCAACACGUAAAUGCGGCGGCGUCUCAAGGCGACUAACCUGUAGAAGGGAAGCACCCAGAUGAUUGCAGUGUGCACGCGGGUCUUCGUCCGUAGUGCCUUACACAACCCGAGGAGCUGUGUAGUAAGAAGAGAAAGAGAGGAGGAGAGCUCUAAUACCCCCUUAACCCCUCACCAGUAGAAGGGGAAGAAAGAGGAGGAGGGGGGAGCAGGCGACCCUCACAGCAGCAGCAGCAGCAGCAGCAGCAGCAGUAGUAGUAGUAGCAGCACCCGCAGGAGGAGAGAAGCGUGGCACUAGGAAUCAACAGGUGGCACUCCUGGCUGCUCAGGAAAUUUAUAUGGCUCCCGUCGGCCCCUUCUGUGCCAGCAGGAGAAUGCCAUCUGUCACGGGGGGUCCGUAAACUUCCAUCUGGGGAAGGGACCCACCCUCUCUACCCCCGUCGUGCCACCGUAUUACAUGAUGCGCUCGCUCUUCGAUAGAUGUAGUUUCCGAGUUGGCAUGAGUACGGUGCCCGGGGUGAGCCGCGCCCACACCGAGGCCGCCCACACCGCCCACCACCACCACCACCACCACUCAUUCCAGCCCUACAAUUGUCUGGUGGACAUGGAGCUGCAAGAGGGCCUGACGGGGCGUCUUCUGGACACCCACAGCAUCAUCUUCGGAGAGGGAUUCUCCGACACCCUCUCGUCGAGGAUUGUGGGCGCCGACGGCACCAACGCCUACCGCCCAUGGGAGGCUGACCCAGGGGACCACCGUCCACCUGACCACAGACUCCACCCACUGUCAGCUGUCUCGUCCGCGCCCGGGCCCAUACAGGUUCUGGCCCACUCGCCCUCGGUGCCACCGCCCGUGGCGUCCAGCGCCCAGAUGUCUCACUACGCGCACACCAUUCCUACUUAUAGCGACAAUUACCCGGCAGGGCCCGCCGGCCCCCACCCGCCCCACCCGCCCCACCACGUGGGACACCCCCAGCACCCGGUGCCACACAAAUUGCCGCCCUUCGCCGCCUUCAGUCCAGAUCGCAGCGUCGGGAGUACGACGCCCUCGCCGCUGCCUUCCUUCAACACUUUGCCUUCGCCGCACGCCCGCUACCCCCUGGUCCCCGCCCCCGUCCAGGCGCGGGAGAUCCCCACCAUCCAGCAGCAGAUGAUGGAUGAGAGACACAUCCGUAUGUUCGAAUCACCGCAGGGCAGCGAUCCGGCGCCUUCAUCCACCACGCCGGCCCAGGCCUCGCCCAACACCCAGCCGCCCACGGUGUCCAGCGGCAGCGCCAGCAGUUGCAGCAGCGGAAGCAGCAACAGCACCAACAGCAACAGCAACGCCAGCAUAGCUCAGCAGCAACAGUCGACUUACGACGGCAGUUCGACGCUCCUCCGCCUGGAGGGCUCCGUCAGGGUCGGGGUGAAGCGCGCGGGGCGAGCGGGCUCCCUGGAGUCCUCGGAGAGCGACGCCUCCGUCUCGGGUACCGAGAACAGCGGCCAGGUCUCCAGCAUCAGCUCCUCGGCCGUCAACAAUAACGAAAACAACGGCGGCUCCCAGAAUAACAUGAACUCCUCGAAUUCUGUCCCGUGCUCCGAAGGGGGGUUCCGGCCCCCGCCGCCCCAGCAGCCGCCUCCCCCACAGGAUGACCCACCCGAAAAACCUGUGAAGAAAAAGCGGAAACGUUGUGGUGACUGUGUAGGGUGUCAGAGGAAGGAUAAUUGCGGGGACUGUGCCCCUUGCAGAAAUGAUAAGUCUCACCAGAUCUGUAAGAUGAGAAGAUGCGACAAACUCACAGAAAAGCGGGUAAAAAAUUUGACAGGAGCCGGCCAUGGAGAAAAGACUCCAAGAGGAGAGAAAUGGAACGCCGACAAGCUGGAAUGGGUGCCAUGAUGCCCUUCUUCCCAGGUCCUGGAAUGGGUGAGCAGCCCCCCCUGCCCCCUCCAGAAAUGCCCCCAUUCCCACACAUGAGGGAGCGCUUCCCGAAUGCCGUUUGGGGAGGGGAGUCUCCGCAAGGACAGUGGCCUCC